CUCAGGGAAAUAAUGUUUUGUAGGCAAGCGCAUGCGGAGAAGGCGCCGUUCGCGUGCCGCCUGCUGGUCCAGAAGAACUACACUCUCCUGCGGGCAAUGCGCAACGCCAGAGGUGCGGUGAGUCUACGUAGGACUACAAUGCCCAAGGAAAUGUGGGCUCUGCUGUAGAAGAAACUACAUUUCCCAGAAGCCCUCGUUCCGCAGCUGCGGAGCCUAUAGGCUGCGGAAUAGCUGGAAACUGACGGCGUGCUGCGGCUGAACAUGGCUUUCUCGGUCGGAUCCGUGGGUUGCCUGUUGGGCCCCGUCAGUAGGUCAGCGGGGCUGCUGGGUGGCAGGUGGCUCCAGGGUCCCCGGGCCUGGCUGGGGCUCCCCGACACCCGAAGACUCCCCGCCAUGCAGCAGACCAGGGGCAGGACGCGCGGGAACGAGUAUCAGCCAAGCAACAUCAAACGCAAGCAUAAGCAUGGCUGGAUCCGGCGCUUGAGCACGCCAAACGGUGUCCAGGUCAUUCUUCGCCGCAUGCACAAGGGUCGAAAAUCGUUGAGCCAUUGAGGAGCGCGACGUGGCGGCUGGAUCUCCCCGUUAAAGCAUUUCCCUCGCUUAGCCUGCGGCCGUUUUUGUGGAGAGCUGAGGAGCAAAGAGUCGGACACGACUGAGCGACUGAAUUGAACUGGGGAGCAGGGACUGCUGGGACAGACAUGAAUCCUCCUGUAGAUUUCUGGAAGAGGGAAUGGGAAGUCAGACCUUGCCAGAGUGCCUUUUUACACUCUUGAAUUAGGAAGACUUUGGAGCAAUAGUCCACAGAUGGUACAGUGAACACUUUUGUAGCCCAGUACAUAGCUGUAUUCACAACUUGUCCUGCCUUCUCCUGUGAGGCAGAUCUAAAUAUUUCAGAACGCACCUCUCUAAAAUAAGGUUCCGUUAAUACAUAUUAACAAAACUUUUCACAGAUUUAAAAAAAAAAGUCAACAAUUCCUUUAUGUUGUUAAAAGUCUAAUAAAUGUCCAAAUUUUCACUUGUCUUAUAAAAUGUCAUAAUUCUCACAAGUUCUAGGAAGGCUUGUGAGCGGUGGGAGGGGUUUGAACCCUCCACCUGCCCCUUGGGGAUGGGCACUGUGAUCUGGAGCAAGACAGCCCUCUGAGGUUCUUUUGGUUCCUGUAAAAAGGGACUUCCCUGGCAGUCCAAGUGGUUAAGAUUCUCCACUUUCCCAACUGCACGGGGGCAGGUUCAAUCCUGUAUGCUGUGUGGUGCGGCCAAAAAUAAAGUAGAUUCGUCCUUAAAAUGA